AUGACAAAAGGAGCGUUGUGUAAUGUGAAUGAUUUACCUUCGAAACAAAUAUAUCAAAAAUUCGAACAGAAGAAUGGCAAAACUAAAUGUCCACAGUGCAAUUCUUGGGCUGAUGGAAUAACGAGUAUUUUAGAAGAUAAAUUAAGGGACGAAUGGGAAGAUUGGGAGUACGCUACGGAAAUUGCCCAAGCUUGGUGUUUAAUAUCUAAGUUAAACACAGAGGAGAAGCAACCAUCAUCACCAUGCAAAGAGAAGCUGUGUAACUUCUUCUAUUUUUGGUUAGGAGGUACAUUAUGUCAUAGGUUGAAACCAAGUACUUGGUUUCAGGAUACUAUGCAAGAAAUCUACACUAAAUUAAAGGGCUCCAACGUCCAAUGUGAAUAUAUACCUAUUGACGGUACUAUUGACAGAGACCUUUUCAAGUAUAGAAAAAUAAUAUUCGAUUAUUAUUAUGACUAUAAAACUCUGAAAGAGCAACUAAAGUAUCCUCCAUCUGAAGUGUCUCCCUGCAAAGUGAAAUAUGAUGCCUACCUACAGGAUGUUGAAGACGCUCAUAAGCAGGUAGAAGCAAACUGUGGAAGGACCUCUAAGGAUGAAUACUGCAACAACUUUUGGAAUAAGUUCAAGAAUAGUAAUAUCCCAAAGCCACCAGAUUUGAAAAGUAACAUAAUGAAUGGGGAGGACAUUACGGAGGACGGAACCGAUGUGCUUAGGUGCUUAACACAGUUGUCUUCAGCAAUUACUGAAUUAUCGAGGCAGGAAGAAACGUCAGCCUCCUUAGGUACAAUCUCCUCCACUGCCAUAUCCUCUGCACUGGGCACAGUAGGAGUGGCAGCACUACCUAUAGUAGCAUUUCUUUCCUAUAAAGUAAGUACAUAA